AUGCUUGCGGAUGAACCGAUUGAGGUAAUAGACAAAUUUGUUUACCUGGGCAGCUGUAUCGGUCCAGAUGGUCUCGCGAAAGAUGAUAUUUCCAUCCGGAUUGGGAAGGCCAGAGCAGCUUUUGCGAACCUACGUCACCUGUGGCGUAGGCGUGACAUCAUCUCACCCGUCAAGGAUCGAGUUUACAAUGCUGCGCUGCCGGAUAACUUGAAUAAACUGACUGAUGGUGUGCCACUGAAUGUGCUGCGCCAGGCCGCGUCUUGCUUCGAUCUAUCAUCGCAAACGAGGGAUUCACCUGAGCCCUGGUACGCGGUUCUUACAGCUGAUGACGAUGGUGAUGAUGAUGAUGAUGAUGAUGAUGAUGAUGAUGAUGAUGAUGAUGAUGAUGAUGAUGAUGAUGAUGAUGAUGAUGAUGAUGAGUUUUCAAAUGACCCAGGCGAUUUCGCUGAUAACUGCACACCGCCUCGUGUCAUCUCGGCUGAUCUAAGACCGAUGUUUAGGCGUUCCAUUAACAAACCACCGAGAAACGCAGAAGAAUACCAGGCGUUAGUCAAAGAUUCAGCAAUGACAGGGCAUGCCCUAGACACUGGGCAUAGGAUAGAUUUAGAAAAUGUGGACAUCCUGAGACGGGGUUUAAGAGUAACACCACAGCGACUGGUGGCUGAGGCGGUGGAAAUCGCCAAGCAUCCCAGUGUGAAUAGAAUAGAGGGGGUAGAACUUGCAAACGUGUGGAGAGCGGUCCUAGAUCAGCCGAGAUGA